UCUCUUUAUGGUCAUUAAUUGACCACAAAUCUCUUUAACUCCCCCCCCCCCCCCUUUUAUCUCUCUCAUUUAUCCUACCAUACAUAUUUGCCCUACAACUUCAUUCCAUAUAUAUCACCUUCUAACUUUACAAUACAAAGGCUACAAUGGCCAACCUUAAUCUAAGCUGCUUACACAUGCUAUUCUUCACCUUCUUCCUUGCAGCGCAUGCAAUACAAGGAUCUAGAACAACCCAAGUAAUACUUCCUUUCCUACAAGGGGUCUCUUUUUCUCCUCCAUGGGACUUGCAGCAACAGAGCAGCAAUGAAGCAAAGAUGAAAAGAAAUUCAAGGAGAUUGAUGAUUGGAUCCACAGCUCCAACCUGCACUUACAAUGAAUGUAGAGGAUGCAAAUACAAAUGUAGAGCUGAACAAGUCCCAGUGGAAGGAAACGACCCAAUCAAUAGUGCAUACCACUACAAAUGUGUUUGCCAUAGACCAUGAUUCAAGUUUUGUUGCAAAGUUUGAAGGGACAUGAUGUCGUUUUAUCCUUGAAGAACACAUUGCACCUUAACAAAUUUCCUGCUUCAAGGAAAGUUUAUCAUUAGUUUCUUGUUGGCAUGUUAUAUCAAAGGUCUAUAAAGUAAUAGGAAAUCAAGUAGCAUUUGCCUUUUAAAAUUUUCUUCUUUCAUUUUUGUGAAACCAAGAUUAUUUGUGUUGAUAAAUUCCAGUCUUAUUCAUGCAUAUACUGAUAUUAGUCUUGAAGAUUUAUAACAAGGUCUAUAUUGCACCCUUUAUAAUUUGAAUA